UGCGAAAUUGAAUAAUUCUGAUAAUUCCUGCACGCAUUAUUUAUUGAUUUCCGAUUGUCCCGCUUUUGCUUUUCGUAACCCGUUCCUUUUCUUCCUCCCCCGCUCCUUUUGCCUCCAUUCUGCCUUCUUCCAUGCAGCCAUCACUGGGCGGGGGGGAAGACGGAGAACCCGCCUCGGCAACCAGACCUGUGCCGUGCGCCAUGAAACACGACGUGGGCGGGCCAGCCUGCACUCCUCUUUUUUUUUUCCCACAGCACAACGGCGGGGCGGCUUUCCACGCACUCGAGAGCUUGACAUGUUUUUCUUGUCAUGACUUUUUGGUGCCAAUCCAGCCCCCCACCUUCAGAACCUCCACACUUAUCUGUCAAAGUCUCUGGAGAUGUUUCUACCGUCCGGCUCUGCAGUGCUGUGCCGCUGGCUCCCGGUGGACUCUGUGGAUCGACCGCCCACGUGUGAACCCCCCCGCCGAUGCCCGCGGCCAUCUCAACAUUUCUCUCACGAUGCUGCCUACAGCCCCGGCGGCGAGCCCUCAAGAGAAAUCAGAAUGGGGUGGUGCCUGUGUGGAGCACCUGCACACGUGGGGGGAAAGCAGAAGGGGGCUCAAGCGCACAGCCGUGUUGCUGAUUGGCCAAGAUCACCGCUGUUGCUUGUGUUGGUUGCACUCAAGGGGAAUGCCCAGAUACCACAGUAAAGAGGGGGCGGGCCAAGAACAGCUGACUGUGCCCGCGGUAUCGUUGUUCGCCAAGGUGCCAGAACUGUAGAAGGUGGUGUUCGGGACUGUCAGAAAGUCGCUGGGUAUUGAACCCCGCCUGUGCCGCGCUGCCUGGUGGCGCCAGGCCAGGAUACCUAUGCCGCCCAGGUCAGGAAUGCGAGGGUGACAGCAAAAAGUCACUAUUCAAAAGAAGCAAGAAUGUGAUGCCAAUAUGGUUGC